AUGGCUGAGGCUCUUGAUCCCCCUUCUGAUGCUCAGCAUGUUCAACGGCGCUCCUCUUCACAGACAUCUUCGUCUUCCAGAAAAAGUCACAGAAACAAGCCGGCGCGAGCAAAGCCCCUCAAGCGCCUUUCUACCUCCUCCACCAAUACGCCAACGGACCUGACGUCAUUUCCUUCUCUUUCUCCUGAUGCCUCCCCAGAAGGCUUCCGGGGCGAGCCUGCUCUGAAUCAUGCGUUGAGUCAAGCGUUAUUGGCAGAAGAUCAUUCUCGUCCAAACGGCGAUCGAGGUCGUAAAGCAACACUUGAGGGCUUAACGACGUCAUUACCACAGAUAUCUGGCCGUAAUGCUCUGUUUAGUGACUCGGUUACAACUCGGGAUGUUCCGGGUUCACUCCAUCUUGCUAAUGACGACCAUAUUGAGCGCAUCAUUGCAAGGACUGGAGCUGUGAAAUUGGUCCGGCAGUUUGCCAGGGAUCUUGCGCUUCGUGAUGCUGAAAUCUCAUCAAUCCGUCUGCGCGCAGACGAGCGAGAGAAGGAACUAAAGAAAAUGCUCCGUGAAGCGCAAAUAUCCAACCAGACAAUAGAACACAGGCUCUACGUUCUCGAGAAUCCCAUUGCUAAGGCGAUUGUUGAUAAUACAGAAGGCCUCAGCCCAUUAAGUGGGGUGAGAAGGGUAUCUCCCACAAUUGACGAUAUGAUGAGCCAAGCUAUGAGUGAUGAUGUAGGAGCUCAGGUGCUGGACUCACCGCCCGAAGAUGACACCAAGGGGUAUGGCAAUUUCUGCGACACAAUCCGCCCCAACCGAAAAGAUAGCGGUCCUCAACCUAGAAGCUCUAGUGCAGGGUCCAUAUCUCAGAAAAGGUCGUCUACUGCUUUACUUCGUGCCUGGCAGGGGUAUGUCUGGGGAGGUGCUACUGUUAGUCGGAAGACCAGUAAAACGAGUAGCAUGAUGAGUGACUUGGACGAGCAGGAUGGUUUGGACGAUUUCACGCAUAUGCAGAUCCAACCUGGGAAUCGUCGGAAACGUUUAGAUGAGCAACUUUUUCAAUCCCUGGAGGAAAUUUCACCCGCAUUCGGCCCUAAUGGCACAGGCUCGACAAACCCAAAUAAUGGAGAUACCGCGAGUGUUAAUUCUCGUCGUUCUUCAAAAUCGUUCGCGUCAUGGACCGUCAAAUUGUUUGCUGGAAAUCCUCACCCUGGAAAAGAAGGUGCUGAAUCUGCAAGUGUCAGAAGUCACCCCUCUUCAACUGCUCCAAGUUCCAAGGCUAGGCAGUCCUCAGCCUCCGAGUCAUCAAAACCUAGCGGCUCUGCAGUUGCAGCCCUAAAGCGCUUAAAUAGCUCGGCCGCUGGACAAACGGGGUCCACAAAGGCAUCUAGUGUUCGAGGUUCUAGAACCAACCUAUCCGGUGUACGCCGGGAUGGCCUUUCCGGUCCUAGAGAAAUUGCUACACCUGAGUCCAAAACGUCGGAUGGGAAUCCGACUGCACUGGGCCCCCCAGGGGAGUUUCUCACUGACCGGUUUGGUUUCAUUUAUGACCAAAGGAGGAAGAAGCGGCAGAAGGGAUCAGAUUCUCCCAACAAUGAUUCGUCGAGGAUCAGCACCACGGAAAUAAUUAGUAGCUCACGGAGCGAUCUGGAUCUGAACAUUGGUCUUCGCGCCGGCGGCACAGAGUCCUCCUUAGAUUCAACGACAGUUGAGGAUGCUGAAAAUCCAAACAUUCCUACCCGACGAUGGCAAGAUUAUUUAAAAAUUGCUACAAAGCCAACUGAACUUCUCUCACACACUCCGGAAGCAGGUACUAUUGUUUCUGUGUCCAAUGCUGCUGAACAGAAACCACGCUCGUCUUCUGUUGCUGUCCAAAAAGGAGGAUCAAUAUCUGUAGUCAAUGCCACUCCGCACGCCGCCGCACUUAUGUCGCAGGUCGUGUCCAGCAAUGCAGAGUUUGCGGGGGCAGGGAAUGAAACGUCCGCUACGCUAGUACCAGUCUCGGAACAGGAGCCCGUUAAGCUACUAUUGGAACGCCUCACCGAGCUCCACGAUUCCCUGCAACGGGACCGUACAGUAAAGUGGAAUGAAUUUUUGAGGAAAGUUCGUGCGGAACGCCGAAAGGAAGGCGAAUCCUCCGAUCGACCUAGCGUAUCCCUUGCCAUGCCUGAAGUGUCACUUGCAGACGGAGAGAUCGUAGGUAUUACAGGUCUUGGUACUAAGGGUAAAGUCGGACGUGCCAAAUGGCGCGAGUUUAGAAACCUCGUCAUUGGAGGCAUUCCUGUCGCGUACCGAGCGAAAAUCUGGUCUGAAUGCAGUGGUGCCUCCGCAAUGCGGGUUCCCGGGUAUUAUGAUGACCUUGUGAAGGGCAACACCAAUCUAGAUACUGAUCCAUCUGUCGUUUCCCAGAUAGAAAUGGAUAUUCACCGAACCCUGACUGAUAACGUUUUCUUCCGCAAGGGUCCUGGAGUCGAAAAGCUUUACGAAGUCCUCUUGGCUUAUUCUCGCCGCAACCCCGAUGUCGGGUAUUGUCAGGGUAUGAAUCUUAUCGCCGGAUCUCUACUUUUGAUCAUGCCUACUGCCGAGGAUGCUUUUUGGAUCCUUGCAUCGCUCAUUGAAAAUAUCCUUCCCGCCCACUACUACGACCAUGGCCUACUAGCGUCGCGUGCUGAUCAGCAAAUUCUCCGACAAUAUGUAACGGAGAUCCUACCUAAAUUAUCUGCACAUCUUGACGAACUAGGCAUUGAACUUGAAGCUUUGACCUUCCAAUGGUUUUUGUCUGCAUUCACCGACUGUCUGUCGGCAGAAGCAUUGUACCGGGUUUGGGAUGUCGUCUUCUGUCUCAAUAACCCCGCCGCAUCCGCUACAACGGCAGCAUUGACCUUCCAGACCCAGUCCCACGUUCAAGCUCGCACAGACAGCGCUCAGGGAGGCACCGUUUCGACGACCAACUUGAUUUCUAAUCCUACCAAUUCUCUGGUCGGAUCUGCUGCAAAUUCGGAUGGUGACCGAUUAGCCAACUACAGCGGUGGUGGCGGCACUUUCUUUUUCCAGGUUGCUAUGGCGCUCCUCAAACUCAAUGAACCGCAGCUUCUCACAACAUGCUCGACGCCGGCGGAGGUGUAUACUUACAUCAAUCAUCAGAUGACUAACCACGCAAUCAGCAUCGAUGGACUCAUACAGGCCAGUGAGGCUCUGAGGAACGUGAUUAAGCGUGAAGAUGUGUGUGCGAGGCGCUUUGCUGCAUUGAGAGACAUGAGGGCGGAUAUAAUGGGUGGUCGGUAUGCGGGGAGCAUGAAAACAGAGGGCGACUCGAUUGGAGGCACUGAUGCACAGCAGCUCAAACAGCAACAAAUUCCUGCAUAA